GUUAAUUUCCACGAGAAAACCAAACCGAAAAACAAAUGGCCAGGAGCGGAGGAGACUCAUUUGCGCUUUAAAGAUUUGGGCAAACUCUGUUUCGGCGUAAAGGAAUCAUUUUUAAUGGACGCAUUGGGUGGUUGCGGCGGCGCUGGAGGUUUCUGGGGAUGGAAUGGCUUCGAUAAUCGGAGGAAGAAGAAGUCUUCCGGCGAUAGAGGUCACCAACGGAAGUCUGGAUCGUCGGAUUCCGUCGACGUGAGCAGAGGCGGCGGUUAUCGGUUUCCCUUGAAGCAAGCUGUGACGGCCGGCGCACUCACUUUCACCGGUGACACCAUUGCUCAGUUAUCUGCGAGGUGGAAAAAGAGAACCGCUCUUAAACAAUCAUCUUCUGAUAAACCAGACGAGGGAGAACUGUGGAACAUUUUCUCAGAACAUGACUGGGUUCGUGCGCUGCGUAUGAGUUCUUACGGGUUUCUCUUGUACGGACCUGGUUCUUAUGCUUGGUAUCAAUACCUUGACCAUUCUUUGCCAAAACCAACCGCGACGAAUCUAGUGCUUAAGGUUCUGCUAAACCAAGUAAUCCUCGGUCCAUCUGUGAUCGCUGUUAUAUUUGCGUGGAACAACUUAUGGCUGGGAAAGAUCUCUGAGCUUGGAAACAAGUAUCAGAAAGAUGCUCUCCCAACGCUUCUCUACGGGUUUCGCUUCUGGGUUCCCGUUAGCAUACUUAACUUUUGGGUAGUCCCACUUCAAGCUCGUGUAGCUUUCAUGUCUAUGGGUUCUGUGUUUUGGAACUUCUACUUAUCUUCAGCUAUGAGCAAGUAGACGCAAACACUUAGCUUCGACCUCACUGACUGAUGUCAUUCUGAAAGUUUUAAAUGCUAAACAGGUGAAGCGCAAAACUCAUCAAGAAAGCAAUUCUAAAUAUCUUUCAUGUUUCUAUGGUAUUUUAGAGAAAUACAGUAAAGAUUCUUGGGAAAAAAAUAUGUCUUUUGUCGUAAUAUUAGAUUUUUUUUCUUUAAAAAGUGUAACGAUAAUUAAGCACUUGUAAGAUUUAUAUAUAUUUUUUAAAAAAAAUUAUCGGAUAUAUAUAUCAAAGAGACUUGAAAUCCAUAUUAAUCAUUCUUUUGUGA